GAAUACAGAAGAGAAGCAGAAGCACAAGCCCCGCCUACUGCCUUUUCCUUCAAGUACAGAAAUACACACCAAUAAAAGAAACUGAAAGUCCUUUAAAACUCUGCAUUCCUGCAGCCAUGGCUACUUUGGAUCUCGGUACAAAUUUGCAGGAUGAAUUGACUUGUUGCCUUUGUCUGGAUUUUUUUAACAAUCCAGUACUGAUUAUACAAUGUUCCCACAGCUUCUGCAAAGGGUGCAUCUCUCAGCAUUGUAAAGAGAUGGGGUACAAGGCAUCCUGCCCCAAAUGCAGGGGGGAACUGCAUCCAAAUAAUUUGGUAAAUAAUAGAUCACUUGCAAACAUAGUGGAAAUUUUCCAGCAGAUGAAGAACACCCCAAGAACAUGGGAAAGAGUGCCAGAAAAUUGCCAGGGAUUAUUGGGACCCUUUUGGAGAGACCAUGAAGUCAGUGGAUCCCAGGAUCUGAAGUUGUCAGUUGGACUUUUUCCACAUACGCUCAAAGAUGUGGUGAAAAUAAGUGAAAUUUCCAAACAAACAGAACUGGCCCUUGAAGCAAUCAGCACCUGCAAGAAGAAGAGCUCUGAAAUGAAGGAUUAUAUGUCUCAGAUCAAAAGCUCAGUUGGAGAAAGCUUCAGUUUUAUGAAGAAGUACAUUAAUGAUCAAGAGAAAAAGGUGCUGGAUGUUAUUGACAAAGAAUCUAAUGCAGCUCAAGAAAGAAUAGACUUAAUGGAUAAGCAACUCACCGCAAGAGUACACAGACUUUUAGAGUUGGACAGUAACUCUGAGGAAAUGAUAAAGAAUACUUCAUUGGAACAAGAAGUUUACAUCGGCGAUCCUAUCACAGUGAAUGAAGUUGUUCUUGGCGUUCAGAUUUCUAGCAUCUUAUAUGCUGUUGAAGAGUUCAAAAAGCAUCUAGAGAAGUCAGUAUUGGGGAAAUAUCAAAGGCAGCCGCCACAAAAGCCUUCUUCAGGAGCAAGUAACAUGAGUUAUUAUGUUAAUGAAAUCCAUACCGAUGUGGCAGAGGAUGAAACUCCUUCCACCAGCAAUUCCUAUUCUCGUCAGGAAACUAGCAGCUGUUCUUCAGCAAUGUCAUCUGCCGGAGAUAGUCCAGUGUCAACGAUUUCAACCCAGUUUUCUCAGUGGGCGUCCAAUGUGACUUUUGAUCACAAGAGAGCCCAUAAGCGCCUUGAAAUCACAAAGGAUAAAAGGAAAGUGAUUGUGACUUCUCAUCCCUUUGACUAUGAACAUUCUCCUAAGAGAUUCUGCAUCAGUCAGGUGAUGGGCUCCCAAGGUUUCUCAGAAGGUCGCCAUUAUUGGGAAGUUAGCACCAAAGAUAGUACUGGAUGGGCCAUUGGUGUUGCCACUGAGGACAUUGGAGGAAAUGACCAACUAGGGAGAACUGAGCUGUCCUGGUGCAUAGAAUGGUCAAAUAAACAGCUCUUAGCAUGGUACAGAAACCAAGAAACUCAAAUUAGUGAAGAGAAACCUCUGGAGGUUGGAGUUUUCCUUGACAUUCCAAACAAACGCUUAUCUUUUUACUCUCUCACUGCAGGUUACUCCAGAGAGUGCCAUGAGUUGAUGGAGGUGUCCUAGACAGGUUGCCUCUAAUAUAUUGAAUAAAAAUUAUCUGCGUUUGAUGUGUCUUUUAGAGCCUUAAGGUACUUAGAGAGUUUUUCCAUAAGUGCAAUGGUCCAUAUUUUCUCAUACCAAGCCUCCAGUGUCAGAUUAGUAGUUGUCUUCCAAUUUUGAGUUAAGACUUGUCUGGCAGUUACCAUAAA